CGCUUCCCUCCUCGUCAUCCGUUAUUUGUUUUUUUCCGCUGGCGGUCAUCAUGGGCAUGAGGUGUUUAGUGGGCAAAUGUUUCCCGCUCCUGUUGGCCGGUUUAGCGCUGGACGUCGCCGGCCUCACGCUGCUGCUGGUGGGCGUAUUCGCGGACGUGCGCGCGGCCGACGGACAGUUCUAUGGCGACUUCUUCAUCUUCACGGGCGCGCUCGUUAUCUUCGUCAGUUUAGCCUUUUGGGUCAUGUGGUACGCGGGCAACGUGCGCGUGACGCCGGGCGACCCGCGCGACGCCCGAGCGGAAGGCCUGGCCGCACGCCUCGUCCGCAAGCUGUCCGAGAGGCUCAGCCGGAAAAUGGCGACGGCGAUCCCGACGGCGGCCGGGGACGCGCGCGCGCACGACAACGGCGUGGCGGGGCGCUUGAGUCCCCACCGGGCCGGCCGUGUCACGUGGGGGAAGGCCACCGUCCACAAUAACAACGAAACGGAGCCCCGAAACGACAACAACUUUCAAGGGUCCCGCCAGGAAAACUACAGCCAGGAUGAAAACUACAACAAAGGAUACGAUAAUGAAGGAUACGAUAAUGAAGGAUACGACCGUGAAAUCUACGACAGCAAAGAAAACUACGACAAAGGGUACGACAGUGACGCAGACAACUAUGAGAAGUACAACAAGGAGAAAAACGACAACUACAAAGAGGAAGGAUACGACAGGGAAAGAUAUGUCACGGAUGAGGACGGCAAAGAUGAAGCUGAACAACUGUGACCCCUAAAACCAAGAAAACUACAACAAAGUCCAAAAGCAGAAAGGCAUCAGGAAGCAGUCCAACAAGUCGGCCCAGCGCAGGAAUGAAGAUGGACUUCUUCACGAACCAGCCUUUCCGCUCUACAAUUGCUCAGGAGUCGUCUGAGGAGAGCCACCGGCAUCCAAAUCAGCUCAGUCGACGUCCGCUCGUCUCAGUCCGCCCAUGGAGCCCAACAGAUGCACGAUCUUCUUCCUGGCUGUGGCCGUGAUCCUGGACGUGGUGGGCUUACUGCUUUUCCUGGUGGGCAUCUUCGCCUCAUUGAGGUACUGGGACUUUUUUGUCUUUUCGGGACCCUUGCUGAUCUUCUUGAGCAUCUUCUUGUGGAUCUUCUGGUACAUGGGCGGCCUGCUAGUGCCCGAGGAGGAGCUGGACUUGCCCAAAAGCAAUCUUGACCUGUCCUGAACCAUACUGGACCAGAAGACAAGAUCCAGACGCUGUUUCCUGGCUUUAUUUUGACAACGGGUGAGCUGGAAGCUUUGUCAUGUAAGGAUUUCAUUCUCAACAUCCACCGAACUGGAAAAAAAAUGGGCCAGGAGGGAUCCAAUGAAAAGAUGGAGAAGGUUCCAAAACUUGAACUUGAACAUUUUUGACGGAUGUCCCCGUUGACGUUGAUCACAGUUGACUUGUGAGCUGGAACAUUUCUCGUUAUCUUUGAUAAUCUUUGACAUUAGUCGUGAAUGAAGGAAGAGACACCCGUAUGCCAUCCGUUCGCAAGUUUUCUUGCAUCCCCCACCCCACCCCACUACCCACCGUGAUGAGUUUCCUCAUGAAUUUUUCCCUGGCCCAGAUAUGGGGCCCGAGACCGCUUUUUGCCAAGUUGCUUUAUUUCAACUGUGAACCUGUCAAGCCCUCAGGGACCUUUUUUCUUUGGAUUCAGUGAUGUAAAUUGACAAACAACAUGACUAGCGGCACUGAAAGAAAACAUGACAUGGAUUGUAUAAAGAAGUGUGUAAAAAAAAAAAAAGUAAAAAACAAAAGGAAUGGAAAGCACAUAGUGUUGCGUCAUCUCAUUUAUGAACUAAUGUCAGUAGCAAUGCAACAAGAUUUCCCCAAAUGACAAUUUGCUAAA